AUUAGAGCUAUUGCUACUGGUAACAAAGACCCAUUGAAAAGUUGGCCUGUUUUAUUCCCCUACGUACUUAUCUCUGUAUGAUUAAACCUUUGAGAAAAUAUUUUAAAUCUGCUUUUGUUUGGCGGGCCGGGGCUUGCAUUGACCAGUUUUACUGUUAAACACUGGACGACUUGGUCCCUAGUUUACCACUCAAGCAAGAGCAGUAGAAGCGAGCAGUCAUGGCUGAUCAACUCUCAGAAGAACAAAUUGCCGAAUUCAAAGAGGCUUUCAGUCUUUUUGAUAAAGAUGGGGAUGGAACCAUUACAACGAAAGAACUUGGCACCGUGAUGAGGUCACUGGGUCAGAAUCCUACAGAGGCAGAACUUCAAGACAUGAUCAACGAAGUAGAUGCUGAUGGAAACGGAACCAUCGAUUUCCCAGAAUUCCUUACCAUGAUGGCUAAGAAAAUGAAGGAUUCGGAUUCCGAGGAGGAACUCCGUGAAGCUUUCCGAGUCUUUGAUAAGGACGGAAAUGGAUUCAUUAGUGCUGCAGAGUUACGUCACGUGAUGACAAAUUUAGGUGAAAAACUAACAGACGAAGAGGUUGAUGAGAUGAUCAGGGAGGCUGAUUUGGACGGUGAUGGACAGGUUAACUAUGAAGAAUUCGUAAGAAUGAUGACAAGCAAGUAAAGAAAGGGAAAUAUCCUUAAUGAGAAAAACUUGACAAUGGAGUCUUUAACCUGAAAGUUCACAUCCGGGUGUCCAUUCAAAAUCAUUUCAUACAUAUUCAUAAUUGUGAUAUUUUUCAUACCCUUCCAGGACAGAUGCAUACACUGACAUUUUACAAACAUUUUUUGUUGUGAUCUGAAACUGGCAUAUUUUAUAUAAAACUUAUUUGUAUUGUUGAAUAAAAUCUGUUGACAAC